AUGUGGUGGAGUGUAGAGCAGCAGCUGCCGUUGCCCCCGGUGACGGGCUUGCUGUCGUUGUGGUCGCCGCCAGUGACGGGGUUGCUAUGGUCACUGCUGCUGCUCUUCCUGUGGUACUGCUACCGCAUGGGAUCAGACCCCGCCCCUUACCCUCGCAGCCACGCCCCAUUAUCGCGCCAGAGCUCCACAGAGGCACACAGGCCCUCCACACAGGACUCCGACCCCAUCACCAUGGAGACCAGCGAGGCUCAGGGAGCGGAGACGUACCUGGCGACCGUGCUUAACCACGCCCCCUUCCCUAUGGGAGCGGGUCCUGGGAGCAGGAAGCUGUAUGAGGCGCUACAAGGCUACGCUAAACGCUACAGCUGGGCCGGCAUGGGCCGGAUACACAAGGGGUUAAGGCAACAGUCUCGAGGCAAAGUGGGCGUGUCUAUCCAGAGGCCCCUCCUCUUUUACCUGCCGGACGUUCCCAGCAUGCCUUUCUCUCCACGCGACGCCCACCGCCACGACAUCGAGCUGCUAGAGGCCAGCUAUCCCAUGAUCCUCCGAGAGUUCCAGAACGUCUACCAGCGGGGCGUCGAUCCCAAACACGGGUGGAUGCACCAGGGUCCCAAGGUACAGACGGUGUUCCCCCUCUAUAAUGCAGGUGUGUGUAACUAUGGUAACUGUGGAGUGUGUCCUGGCUCAUAUCGCACGUUGACGCAGUUGAGAACCUUCAUCAACUCCAACGCUCUAGGUUCCGCCUCUUUUUGGAUCCUGCCUCCAGGAACGCACCUGGCCGGAACAUACGGACCCACCAAUACCAGGCUGAGAUGCCACUUAGGUCUCCUGACACCCCCUCAGUGUGAGCUGGUGGUGGGGGCGGAGCCUCAGGUGUGGUCCGAGGGACACUGCCUCCUACUGGACGACUCCUUCCUACACACCAUCUCACACAACGGCUCUAUGAUGUGUGCAAUCUUCAGCGUGGAUCUUUGGCAUCCCAACGUGGCUGCAGCUGAGAGGCAGGCACUGGACUUCAUCUUUGCUCCGGAACAGUAAACAACAACAACAACAUACGUACUGAUCAAAAACAUGAUAUCAUCAACAACAA